CUGGGCACAUCCGCGCGCUCCCCUCUUUCCGCCUCGCAAGGCGGCGCACUGUUUUUCUCACCACCGACCACCCGCGUCAACCACCGUUGGUCGUUCAAAUGAUCUCAGAUCAGAGUUAAGGUUGUCAACUCUGUCCGAGAACUACUGUGUUGUAUAAAUAUAGCCAAUGCUUCAGUUUAUUCUGCUUUACUUGAUGAUAGACACGGAAUGCACGGAAAGCUGUUCAGGCUACACGGGCAAGUUUAAAACCUAUUUUACAGUUGGUCUGGGCAAAGAGGGCGAAGGAGAGCUACUUUGAGAUUGACAACAAUUCUUUAUUCAGUAUAACAGCAAAUAAUUUCAGUGCUGGGAAGAGACAUGGGUUUCUUCGACCUUAAUAUACCGUAUUUAGAACCCUCGCUGACUGACAAGGCCACUCUUCAAAGACAACGGACAAAGAUUGUGGUCAAGGCCAUGGAGUUAGGCUACACGGGAAUCGCUUAUAACCGUACGAUCAAGGGUGUGAUGUCUGAUAGCCACCGUUGCUGCAUCCCUCUCCUCACCCUCUCGUCUCUUCUCAAGGUUGCUCCUUCUCUUUCCCUGUCCGUUAAGCUCCACCGUGACGUUCUAGGAAUCCCGUCGGCUGCCCCGUUCCGUCAGUAUACGCGCCUCACUGUUUGUGCAGACAACCCAUCGCAGGCUCAGGCCCUCAAUUCGGGAAAUCCCAUUUUGAAGACCUACGAUUUGGUGGCUGUUAGGCCAUUGAAUCAGACCGUGUUUGAUCAAGCGUGUGAGAGAAUGGAGGUAGAUAUCAUUUCGAUGGAUUUCUCUGGCAAGUUGCCCUUUAGAUUGAAGCAUCCUAUGGUCAAAGCAGCUGUUGAGCGGGGAGUUUGUUUUGAAAUCAUUUACUCUGGUCUAAUCACGGACCCUCAGAUAAGGAGGCAGUUGAUAUGCAAUGCUAAGUUGUUGGUGGAUUGGACUCGAGGAAGAAACAUCAUCCUAUCAAGUGCUGCUCCUUCUGCUAAUGAACUAAGAGGGCCCUAUGAUGUUGCUAAUUUGUCGUCGUUACUUGGGCUUUCCAUGGAGAAAGCUAAAGCAGCUAUUUCUACAAAUUGUAGGACUCUUCUAACAAAAUCUUUGAGGAAAAAGCAAUAUUACAAGGGGGCAAUAAAAGUAGAAGUUGUAGGUGCAGCAUCUAAGUCUGAAGAAGCUUGGCAUAAAGAGUUAUUUAAUUGGGAUCCUAUCUCCAGUGGUGAAGGUGAUCUGCUGUUGGAGGACAGGGCCAAGUCAGAUGCAUCAAAAACUACGAAAGCCAUUGACUUUGCGUCUGCAAUUUGCAGCAUACCAUCUCAUGGUUUUCAAGUCGGGGAUUUCUUAUCUGCUAGUAAUUCUGCCCCUACCUUCCUAGAUGGUAAUGAUAAUUCCCUGCAUGUUACUGAAAAAGUAACUCCAUCAACAGCUGUGCUUAACAACCCAGCCGAGCAGUCAACCACUCUUGAUGUUUGUCUUGAAUCAGAUGAGGGAUUAUCUGAUGCUCCAGCAGUACAUCAUGCUUCCAGCUGUGACAAUCUCACAAUGCAAAGUUGUACGAAGGGCUCUUCUGAAGCUUUUAAAGUCACUAAAGAAAUAAAGACUCCGCCCUCUGGUACAGAGUUCGAGCUUAAAUGUCUAAAUUAUUUAGAUGAAAAUCGCACCUAUUUAAAAGCGAAUACAUAUGAAUAUCAGUCAGAUAAAUGCAUCUCAAAUAUUGCAUUGGAUGGUAUAAUACCAGAGGAGAAUGAGAAACCGGACACAUCUUCAGUAGAUGUCAAACUAGAGGACAUACACAAUAUCAAUGGGAUUGCCAAAAUUCAGGAAGCUUUACCGAAGCAGGAUAUUGUAAUAGGAGAGCUUACGACCUUGGAGAUGAACCAAUCUAUAUGCGAAACUUCAAUGGUAGAUGAACAAUUUAAAAGACAUGGAUCCGAAGCAGUUGACCUUGGUGAGAUGUCUCAAAAAACAUCUAAUGAGGUCAAAAUGGAUGAUUGUUCAAUUGCAACAGAUAUAACAACAGAUGAUCAAAAGCAUGUGGACGAUUGUACUUCUCAUCAGCAUGGCAAGGUCCAGUCUAUGCCAGAUAAAUCUAGAGUGAAGCGGGGGACAACAGGCGGGAUGCAUCUAUCACCUUUCAAGCGAUUAUCGAAUCCAAUGCCUUUUAAGAAGAAAGCUCAAAGAAUAACAAGUAGAACUAGGAUGAGAUGAUUGUGAUUCAUUUUCCCUUUACUUUUUUAUUGUUUCAAUUAUUAUUAUUUAUUGGCCAAGACUUAAGGUAAAAUUUCAGUUUCUAGCUCAGGAAAAAAAAUUUCUUAUAAUAGUAUAUCCAUUUUAUUUAGUGGUGACAAAAUCCUGUUAUCAGGAUAGUUUACGGCUCACAAGGGCUGGUUAAUAUGUGGGAACAACUGCAUGUUUUUGGUUUAAUUUUUAUAUAUUCAAAAUGUUAAUA